GCGGGAAUUUUUUGCGAGGGGCAGAUUUUGCCCCCCGUCCCCGUUCCCCGCCAAUUAAUCUCAUCAACAACACCACCCGACUCAUCUACCAACCAAACAGAGCAUUAAACAAACAAAUUAAUAAAAAAUCAAAAACCUUUAAGAUUAAAUGUUAAACUCCAAGAAUUGGAAGAAAACCAGAUUUCAGGGAAAUGAAAUCUACUGAGCUUUGUAAGAAUCUUUGAGGUGGCGAUCCAUAGAGAAGAAGGAGGCGGAGGAGGAACCAUGGCCGAUGUAAGCCGGAGAGGACACGGCAUAUCAAAGAACAAUGGCUGUGAUUUGGCGAUCUCAACUCGAAGAACUCGAAGAACACGGCAUAUCAAAGAACAACGACUUGAGUCUCCCCAUUACCAGCGUUCUCAACUUGAAGAACACCUGCAAGGAUCUUCACGCACUUGUGCGCCACAAGAGUGCGGAUGGCAGAUCUAGCACACCACACUCAAGCUUCCAUUCACCAUCCCAACCUUCCUCCUCGUUUUACCUCCCUUCUUCCCGCCUUUGGCCAUUUUCUUCUGCGGUGCCUUCCUGCCACGAAUCGAACCUGGGGAUGAAGGAGAGUGUGAAGCGCGAGGAAGUUGGCGAAGGAAGGGGUUGGGAUUGAGGUGUUAGACUUGAGGGUUUUUCUUAUCGAAUUCGGAUGGCCAGAUCUGGGUUUUUCUUCCUCUCCAAAACAAACCCAGAUCUGGGUUUGAACAGGGCACGAGUGUGAGGA